UUGGUUAACGAGGCAAUCCACGCAGUUUCAUUUGGACAUCAUAAAGAAUACUAAGCAGCCCUCUCGAGAAAGAUUACCAACUACAAAUUGAGGAUCAAAAGUCUCUAAAAGCUGAAAAAGAAAAUGAAUUCUUUGAUGAUUGCAAUCUUGUUCAGUYUCGUUGUUCCACCGAUCCGCGUCAUGUCAGCCAACAAGCAAUCUAAAAUAAACCAGUCCUCCUGUCCACGUCCCACCACUCUGGCAGGCAUACCUGGAAUACCUGGUGCCCCUGGACGUGAUGGUCGCGAUGGACGUGAGGGUAUUCAAGGAAAACCUGGUCCCCAAGGACCUGCUGGACAACAAGGAGCAACAGGAACUCCAGGGAAAAGAGGAAAAACCGGCGCACGUGGACCUAAAGGACCUAAAGGAGAUCGUGGACCUGUGGGACUGUCCUCUCGUUCCAACUGGAAGGAAUGUGUUUGGAAAAGCAUCAACGAUGGGAGAGACAACGGACUGAUAAGAGAUUGCGUUUUCUACAAGAAACACACCGAUACKGUCCUUUUCGUGUACUGGAAUGGUGARUUUAGAAUCGCUGGCUGCACCAAGUGUUGCAAAAGGUGGUUCUUUACCUUUAACGGRGCAGAGUGCAAGUUSCCAGCAGCCAUUGACGGAGUAAUACUUCUUGCAAGCGGGACUGCUAAGGACCGCAACGUCCACAACGUGAGAGCUAUUCAAGGUCACUGCGYCAAGGUCCACAAGGGYCAUGUGCGUAUUGGAUUCAAUGUGGGAAACUGCGCAGGCUACGGCAGUGUUGAUGCCUACACCGGAUGGAAUUCCGUCAGCCGUGUGUAUGUAGAGGAGGUACCCAGGCCACAACCGUGAGACAACAUCAAGAAUUGUGGCCGACAACCGUGGGCACAUCACACGAAAAGAAAUGUUGAAUUAUUGAUUAAUUGAGCUGCUUAUUAGAAUGCUAAUAAAGACAUUUAUAGGAUAAUUAAAUAAAUAAGAUAUGUGUGAUUA